AUGAAUCGUCUACUUGUCUUAACUUUCUUUCUCUUAACCUUUUUAUUCGCUACCGCACUUUCCAAAGAGGAAUCAGUGCCCGUCAAACAAAUUUUUUCUAAACCGAGCGAACUCAAGAAAGUUGGACGAGAUAGAUUGAUUCUAAAAAUUGAAUGGGAUGGAUUAAAUGAAGCAGAAGAUGAACCGGUUAAAGCCAGGAUCAAGUGUUUUUCUAAGGCUGUGACUGUUAUAGGUCCUAACGUUCAGCAUAUGGUAUUCGGUAAUCGAACGACUCAAUUCGAAUUAAAAGUCCACAAGAAGAAUGUUAAUGUGCAAUGUCGAUUUGGAGUAGUAGAUAUAGUUAAAUUCAAGAACGUUAUCG